AUGUCGGAGCGACAGUCAGCAGACAUGCCACCACCAAACUCCCAGAACGAGCUGCUCCGCAAGGCUGUUGUUUCGUUGGAGAAGAAGCUGAGGGAGAGCACCGAGCGGGUGGCGACGCUGCAGGCGCAGGUGGCGCAGCGGCAGCAGGAGGUUGCGGAACUGCCGGCGGUUCGUGGGCGCCUCGCCGAGGCGCUGGCUACGCGGGAUGCACUGGACCAGCAGGUGGAGCAGUGGCAGCGCACGGCUGCGCAGGCGCGGGGAGAGGUGGAGGAUGCGCGACGGCAGCUGGAACGCACGCAGGCGGCAGUGCAGGCCGCUGAGGCGGCGCAGCAGCGGGUGGCGGAGCAGGCGGCUCAGCUGCGAACAGGAGGCGAGGCGCUGCAGCUGGAGGAGGCACGUGCGCGCGGCCAAGCCGAGAUGCUGGCUCAGCAGGUGCAGCAGCUGGAGGCGGCCAAUGGCAGCCUGCGCCUGGACAACCAGGCCCAUGCCGGCAAGCUCAAAGCAGCGUAUGAGCGGGAGGGGGAGCUGCUGGCAGAGGUGGCGGAGCUGCAGGCGCAGCUGCGGCGGGAGCAGGCAAAGCAGCGGGGCGGCGACUUCUGCGUCGGCUCCGCUGUGGCUCCCACGGCGGCGGCAAUGGGCAGCAGCAGCAGCAGCGGAAACGGGCAAUCCAGCGACUGUCCGGCGGCAGCUGCAUCAGGCCCCUGCAGCCUGGAGCAGAUGCACCGUGGGCUGUUCCUUGCGGCGGCAGCCGAGCUGACAAGAGGGUUCACCGCUCAGGCAGACCGCAAGGCGGGGGAACUGGAACAGCGGCUGGCGGCCAUGUGCGGCGCCGUGGAGCGCCUGCGGCGCCAGCAGGGCGAACUGCGGGCAGACCUUGGGGAGGCGCAGGCGCGGUGCGGCAGGGAGGCGGAGAUGGCGCGGGAGCUGCUGGCCACCAACCUGCUGCUGCACGAGACUGUGGCGGCGCUGAUGGAGCGGGGCACCACGGCCAGGCAGGCAGCGGUGAAGGCGGCUCUGUCUCUAUCGGGAGAGCACCGCGAACUGCUGGUGUAUCAGAAAGCGCUGGCAGCUGAGCUGCAGCAGGUUGCCAGCAGCCUGGCGGUGGCGGAAACAGGGAAGCAGCUGGCGCUCCUGCGCCACCAUGCUCAGGUACAGGGAGAGCUGCGGGGGGUGGCGGCACAGCUCGAGGACAGGGUGCUGCGGCUGACAGCGCUGAGACAGGCAGGGCUGGUGUGA